AUGUCGAGCUCAUCAAGUUCCAUUCAAGGAAAGGAUAAUACCAUCACAGAUGUGUCUGCUGUGAAAGAUACCUACGAUGGUAGCGAGCCCCUACGUGACAUCUCGGGUGAUGUUAUCGAAGAUGGUCUUCGGAGAGGUCUGAAGGGUCGCCAAUUUGUGAUCAUUGCCUUGGGUAGUAUUAUUGGACCUGGAUGUUUCUAUGGACUGGGUUAUGGUAUCUACGAAGCUGGCCCGUUGGGUUUACUUAUUGGAUUCUCCGUCGUUGGAGCCUCUAUGUGGAUAUUGAUGCAGAGCGUUGGUGAAGUUGCUACUCUUUUCCCCGUUCAUGGUGGGUUUGUUGAGCAUUGUGACCGAUUCGUGGAUCCGGCACUCAGUUUCGCCGUAUCAUGGUUAUACUACUUCAUGUGGAGCGUCUUCCUGGCCUCGGAUUGGAACAAUGCAACUGUCUUUCUCAAAUUCUGGAUUCCCGAGUCGGCCGUGCCUGUCUGGGCUUGGUAUAUCCUCAUCUUCGUCUUCUUCUCCAUACUAACAACCCUGGGGGUUAAUUUUUACGGAGAAAUAGAGUACUACUUUGGCAUGUUCAAAUUCCUAUCACUAAUCGUGCUCUUCUUUAUCUCCAUCCUCGCCAAUGUCGGUGCAUUUGGUAAUGGAUAUGUGGGAUUCCGAUACUGGAAAGCACCUUACGGUCCUAUCCAAAAUGGAGUCAAUGGCUUUGGACAAGUCUUCGUUAUGGCAGCUGCCUACUAUGUUGGAACUGAGAUCGUGUCUGUCGCAGCAGGCGAAUCUAAAAACCCCCAGCGCGACGUUCCCAGAGCUACAAACUCUAUUCUCUAUCGCAUCCUUGUCGUGUUCGUCGGAAUGUCUUUCUUCCAAGGCUUGAUCUGCCCAUCUACAUCCGACGACUUGGUCCACCCAGGAUCCAAAACGGCCUCUUCCCCAUUCACCAUUGGCUUCACACUUGCCGGAUGGAAGUCAUCCGCUCAUUUCGUGAACGCUAUUAUUCUCAUUGCAUUCGUGUCGGCAGCUAACGGAGUAGUGUACAUCCAAUCAAGAACACUAUACUCGCUAGCCUUGAAACGCAAAGCGCCUUCGUUUUUCGCGAUAACAACUGCCAGAGGAGUUCCAUACGUUGCGAUCCUUUUCUCAAAUAUGUGGGGCUUCCUCGGCCUAAUGUCCCUACAAACAACGGCGGGCAGUCUCUUCUCCUACUUUACCUCCUUCGGGGGUACAGCUGCUUACAUCGCCUGGGCUGUGAUUACAUUUGUGCAGCUCAGAGUGCGUGCUGCUGCUAAGAGGAAAGAUAUCGACGUGAAAAGUUUCCCGUUUACUGCACCUGGCCAUAUCUCGAUCUACUGGGGCAACUUCUUCUUCAAUAUCUUCCUAUUGUUGAUUCAGGGAUUUACGGUCUUUGAGACUCCGUUUAACUACCAGUCGUUUAUUGCAUCGUAUAUCAGUAUUCCGGUGUUCUUUUUGAUGUUUGUUGGGUAUAAGUGGUGGUUCAAGACUAAGUGGGUACCCCUUGACAGCAUUGACUUCUCAGGAAGACUUCAACGGUCGACGGAAGAGCAGGAAAACGUACAGAAACGACCGUGGACUUGCAAGAUUCUCGAUGUGCUGAAGGACUAG